CUUGGAUUUUGAAAUUAUUCUUUUUUUUUAUAAAAGGAAAAAAAAAACUCAGAUCUUUUCUAGUUCCUGAGAGAGUUUUCAACAUCGAAACAAAAAUCCUUUAAUUAUUAAUUUGCCUGAUUUUCUGCAGCAGCCUGAGAACGAUGUCGUCAUCGCCGGACAUUGCCGGAAUUCUGGAGAACACGAAGGAGCUUGAUCGGUUAAGGAAGGAACAAGAGGAAGUUCUUGUCGAGAUCAAUAAGAUGCAUAAGAAGCUUCAAGCUACGCCUGAGGUAGUUGAGAAGCCUGGUGAUACUUCAUUGUCAAAGCUUAAAAUUUUGUACAUUCAAGCCAAAGAGCUUUCAGAAAGUGAAGUAACUGUUUCAAACAUUCUGCUCACUCAGUUGGAUUCCCUGCUUCCAUCUGGACCAACGGGGCAACAACGCAGAAAACUAGUGGCAGAAGGCAACGACCAGAAGAGGAAGAGAAUGAAAGUGGAAUCAGAUGUACAAAGAGUUUCUCCUUCCGUGAGAAACCAAAUCGAGGCUUAUGCCAGUCUAAGGGGUGAACAGGUUGCUGCAAGAGUCACUGCCGAUGAUGCCGAGAAGGAUGAAUGGUUUGUGGUGAAAGUGAUUCACUUCGAUAGAGAAACAAAAGAAGUUGAAGUACUUGAUGAAGAGCCAGGAGAUGAUGAAGAAGGAGGUGGCCAGAGGACGUAUAAACUAUCAAUGUCAUGUAUAUUACCGUUUCCAAAAAGGAAUGACCCUUCAACCACACAAGAGUUUCUACCAGGGAAACCUGUCUUAGCUGUGUAUCCAGGAACCACGGCGCUUUACAAGGCGACUGUAAUAAGUACUCCACGAAAGAGGAAGUCUGACGAGUACUUGCUGGAAUUCGAUGACGACGAAGAGGACGGAGCGUUGCCACAAAGAACAGUGCCUUUUCACAAAGUGGUAGCUUUACCAGAAGGCCAUCGCCAGUGAUGUCAGAUGGGUAAAUGAGAGACUCUUCAUGUAUGUUUCUUUGAGGCCAAAGCAAAAACUUAAAGGAUUGUUGUCUUCGUUUGUGUUGAAAAGAGAUCAAUUUGAAGAAUAAUGAGGUAAGUUGGUCUUUUUUCUAUUCAGUUCGUGACAAAAGCUACUCUAGUUUAACGUAAUAGAUGAGUGUAUAUAAAUGUGUGUGGGUAUUUAUAUCAUGUCGAGACACAGUGUUGAACACAAAAGAAACUCUGUUUUGUUCGUGUGAAAUUUACUUUUACAAGUUUUGGGUUUU